AUGAGAAUGAAUCAACAAUGUACACAGCAUUGUAAACAAAAAAUGAGAAACGCUGAAGUGAUAGCACCAACAGCACAACAAUCUCUGAAAAAGACUUGGAAUGGAGCAGUGCCGUCCUUUUCUCGCAUCCUUUCAACACCAUCCCAUCCUAUCCCAUCCAAUCGAAAUUUCUAUUCUUCUUGCGCCUUCCUCUACUUAACAAAGCAAUUCUUUCUCAAAUCAGUGCAACCAAAAACUACGCUUUGUUCAGAACACGCAAAAUUCCUCUCUCUACCUUUUCUUCCUAGCAAUUAUAACAAAAUAUUGUUCACUUUUGCAAUAUUCCCUGCCCCUCGCGCAUCACUACCAAACCCGUUACCAUAUCAAUACUAUACCUACUACCCUUAUAUAUUAUUCGGGAACGAACCCUAA